GUGGUGUCCCCCUCCCCAUAAUGGUUUCCUUCCACUUGUGCAGUGGUCUUGGAGUCCUCCUGGCCUGUUCCUGGCUCCUCCUCGGGUCAUGCAGCAACUCCAGCAAGCCCGAUUACCGGUGUGGGGAGGAGGGGGUGCAGCUCCGAGUGCCAGCUGGGUAUUUGGGGAGCAAGGUUAAAUUCCAGGUUCGAGAUGAGUUCCAAAUGGGAUAUGAUCUGGAUGGGUGUCUGUCCAAAUGUCUCCUCUCAGCUAUAGAACCAAGUGGAGAAAGUGUCUUUUACACCCCAUACAGUGUCUGUAUUGCAGUUGUGAAGGAUGGUUUGUGGCUUCUCCGUGUGAGGUUGAUUGGAGAUGUGAAGACAGAAGACAUUGAUCUAAUUUGUCCCAAACCAAAAUCAAAGCACGAUAGGGUAAUUCCCCGUACUCACAAGCCCCGCAGUACCAGGUGGACCACGCUUAGCACACCUGUUGCCAAAACUCUGACCAAAAGUCUUGAGACAACAGUACACCAUACAACGACCAAUGUGAUUCAGGAUGAUGACCGUAACAAAGUAACAAUACUGCCAACAGUAGGUCACCGAACUAAGGAAAUGGAUAUCGACAUAUCUACAACAGGCCCACCACCAACUGCAGAGCAUUUAGUGUCAGUAACUUGCUUCCCUGACGGGAGUUUCCGGUUGACCAUCUCUCGCUAUGUAACCAGUCCACCCUUGGAGUUGGCUUCAGUUGAACUGGAUCCUGGCACAUGUCCCUCCCCUAUUUUGAUGGGAGACUUCUUGGAAUUUAAUGGUCUCCUGACGACAUGUGGUAGGCACCGGUUUUCCGAAGGUCAGCUGGUGUAUGAGCUGUCUCUAACCGUAAAGCCGAAUAUUCUGGUCUCUGCUUUAGGAUCUAUAACCAGAGACGGUGAGGUCAGGAUAUCUGCUCAGUGCUCAAGCAAUAGCACCAUCUCUGUAUGGGUGACUUCUCAUGUGGCUUCUCCACCUCCGCUUCCAUCCGUGUCAAACAGCGGAGAACUUGGUGUGGAGCUGCGCAUUUCUAAAGGUUCCUCUUAUUCCUCCUUUUACACAACAGUGGACUACCCCCUCCAGAUUCUACUUCGAGAACUUGUGUUCUUUGAGGCUAGACUUCUACAGCCCUCUGAUCCUAGGCUGCAUCUUCGUCUACAUCACUGUUGGGGAGCACCAAGCUUUGAUCCUGUGUCCACCACAAAAUGGAACCUAAUUUAUGAUGGAUGUCCAUACUCAAAAGAUGAUCCGAUGACCAAACUUCUGCCGGUACCCGUUCCCUCAAGUUAUCAAAGAUUUGUGGUCUCUGCCUUCACUUUUAUUGGCUUUCCAAACAACACACAGGUGUAUAUUUUCUGCAGUGUAUCCGUCUGUCUGCCUUCCUUGUCUGAAAGCUGUACAUCAGAGUGUGGUAACCUCACACACAGAGUUCGACGUUCUCAAGCUAAUUCGUUGCACUUGCUGAGCUCCACCGGGCCGCUCAUUUUCCAGCAGGACGACGGAGAGUCGGGAAUCUACUGGCUCCAGCACCUGAUGCCAGCUGUUUCAUGGACCAUAAUCGCAGCAGCAUUUCUGAUCGUAUUGCUACUACUUACUAAUACUCUGAAGUGCCGUUAUUUUGCUGUUAAUUUCAAAAGUAAUUUACAACUUAGAUGAAACUGUCCUAAUCUGUAAUGUCCCUGCACUUGUGGAUAUUAAAGAGUUUACAGAAACCUAUUUAUACAGCCCUUAGUGCUUGUGCAUAAGACUAGGGGACUAUAGCCUUUUCAGAUGUAGACUUUACACAAUAGGAGGCUGGGUUCAAGGAACUUACUGUUUAUUUUAUACACCACCUCCAUCUGCUCUAGAUGAAUCUGUGAUUCUAUGAAUAUAGAAGUCUCAUUUCAUGUGAGUGAACCACAGCAGUGGAAUGGGCAGUGUCUCCUUAAAAUGACUCUUGGGCCAUUGUUUUACGUAAAACAUGGAGAGUUACCAAAGCGUGGAGAGACAACGUACUAACAAAUCAGCUUGUAAUUUUACAGGCUGUGUUUGAAAAAUGUCAGGAGCUGAUUGGCUGCUACUUUGGGGUCUAUUUACUAAGCCUUGGGUGGAGGUUAAGUACCAGCCAGUCAGCUCCUAACUGCCAUGUCACAGGCUGGGUUUGAAAAAUGUCAAUCAGCUCCUAACUGUCAUUUUUCAAACCCAGCUUGACAUGGCAGUUAGGAGCUGAUUGGCUGGUACUCUAUCUCCGUCCACUUUAUCUCCUUUCAAGGCUUAGUAAAUAGACCACUUAAUCUCUCUCCAAGCAGUGAUAAAUCUCCCCAAUAAUUUGUUACUCCUCCGUGAUGACCAGUAAAAUAACAUUACCUUCAAUGCUUAUGAAUCGCUCUUUAGGAUUAUACGUAACCAUAAAUACAAGCUACCCUGAAGGGUGUGUUCUUGCUGUUUAAAAUUUUGUAUGAAUAAAAUUCUUCACAGAUA